GAGAGUUUGGAGUGCUAAAAAGCCGAAGGCAGCAAAAUCUUCAAAGACCAUAAACAAAAUUUCUAGGCGACAUGAUGAAUCUCCGGCGAUGGUUUAUGGAUCCAACUAUGGUGGAUUUCUGCGGUUUGGCUCUCUAACGAUUGGUUUCGUUAAGACUUUGAGAAGCUUUGUUUUGUUUCUGAAGUUUUUGCUUCGUGAGAGGAAAGAAGAAAGUUCUUCCCAAUUCUCCCAAUCCAAACGGAUCGAAGUCGUCUGAGAUUAAAUCCGUUUCUGUAAUUAUUUUGUUCAUUCAUUCGAGUAAAUUUCUCUCCAUUUGAAUCAAAGAAAGAUAAAGUUUAACAAAAUUUUCGAAUAUUCCAUCGACCAUUGUUCUGAUUAGAUAUUAUUACAAUAAACUGAAUUCCAAUUUUUGCUUUCGUAUGAAAUUUCUCUACAACUAUCGAAAAUGGUGAUCGUGGAUUCCAAUACGGAGAGAUUAGAGUAUUAUUUUAUUUCUAUUAUUUGUAACCAUCCUGAAAAAGGAAAGAGACAACAAAAAGGACCUCUGUUCUUUGUUUCAUUGUUUGUUUUGAUGGCUUAAAUUUCAACCUUUUUUAAGUUGUCUUGUUAGAAAAUGACAAGAAGAAAGGUUAUAGAGUUUGAUAUCAUUGUGUUGUGUCCAAUUCAAACUUGCCAGCUUGUUUUGUAGUUUAUAAACUUUGAUUCUUGAUCUUUUCUGUAACACUUGUUUGGGAAUAUCCAAUGUAGUAGAGUAUUCCAUAGGAAUAAAAACAGAUUUAAAGAAGACUUUUGGCUGUUUUUUUUUAAAGAAAUCUCUGCAAGUGACAUUGAGCUUAGGUUUAUUCAUCAGCUUGAUUUAAAGUAGAAUUUUGAUUGUUUUGUUUAGAGAAAUUUUUGGAGUGAUACUGUGAAGAGUUUGUUCAUCAGCUUUCUUCUGCUCUUUAAUGGCUGAUGGUUUCUUUUCCUUCACACCAUUUGAUUUCAGUGGCUCACAAGCAGGAACUUUCUUCCCCUCUAAUGGUGUCCACGAGAAACCGGAGACUGAGCACAGAGGAAAAGAAGACGAUUGUCCAUUUAGAAUGGAGGAGUUUGGAGAUUUCAACUUUCUCUCAGCUAAUCAAUCUGGCUUCUACCAACAGGACAUUCCCAAGAUUGGGGAUCAAACAAACUAUCAACAGCCCAACUCAGAUUGUCUUAUUUUUGACGAAUUGCUAUUUGGCAACGAUUUUACCAUUUCCGAAUUGAUUCAGGAGAAGUCGAAGAUAUCAGAAAACCCGGUGGCAUAUUCUAUCAGUUUGAACCCCAGUAAACAAGUUUUGAAUCCAUGUUUAGAAUCUUUGCAGCUGCUAAACAGCUAUGGUACCAAAGUCAAGAGGAUGAAAGGGACAAUUCUUAACAAAAGAGGCGGUGAAGCCAGUGAGGAGAACAACACAUUGUCAACUGAAGAGAUAUUAAGGGUAGCUGGAGCAAGAUAUGUUCAUUUCUUCCCUGAGGGUUAUGACGACUUUUACAUGCUGACGCAUCCGUGUGAUUUUGCUAUCUCUGGUCUGUUGGAGGAUGAGAGAGAAGAUGUUGAGCUUGCCCAUGUUCUCUUUGCUGCAGCUGAGAAAGUAGGCUACCAACAAUUUGACCGAGCGAGCUGGCUGCUUCAACGCUGUGAAUGGACUGCAUCCGCCUAUGGUAAUGCAGUCCAGCGGCUCGUUUUUUACUUUGCGAAAGCGCUUAGGAAAAGAAUCGAAAGAGAAACUGGACGGGAAGCAAUUAAGGAGCAAAAAGAAGAGGAAAUGAACCUUGAAGCACUUAAAGGAUGCAUGAAACUUCCUUUUCAGCAAGUGAUGCAUCUAACUGCUGUUCAAGCAAUAUUUGAGCAUGUAAAACUGAUCAACAGAAUCCAUUUGAUAGAUCUUGAAAUCAGAAGUGGAGUUCAUUGGUCAGGUUUUAUGCAAUCACUUGUAGAUCUGAAGGAGCUUCCCAUUAAACUUCUUAAGAUCACUGCUGUUAUAUCAGACAAAUGUCACUUGACAGAGCAGGUAGGAAAGUGGUUGGAAAAUGUUGCUGAGUCUCUAAACAUACCUUUCUCAUUCAAAGCAAUCUUGGUAUCAGAUAUGAUGGAGAUAAAAGAAGAACUCUUUGAAACAGAAGAUGAUGAAAUGGUAGCAAUCUACUGCCCCUUAGUGUUGAGAAACAUGAUUUCAAGGCCUGCUAGCUUGGAGAAUCUGAUGAGAGUAAUUCGAAAUUUAAAUCCAUCAAUAAUGGUAGUUUCUGAGAUUGAAGCAAAUUAUAACCUAUCAUCAUUUGUCAAUCGAUUCAUCGAAGCAUUGUUCUUUACCGCUUCAUACUUCGACUGCUUGAAAACUUGCAUUGAAGAGGAUGAAGACAGCAGAAGAAAGAUAGAAGCCUUAUGUGGUAAAGGGAUUGAAAACAUCGUUGCAUCGGAAGGUAGCGAUCGGGUUUCAAGGAGUGUGAAGAUAGAGGUGUGGAGGGCAUUCUUUGCAAGGUUUAGAAUGGAAGAAAUUGAGCUCAGUGACUCAUGUUUGAGCCAAGCUAAGUUGGUAGCUAAGGGGUUUGCUUAUGGGAACUUUUGCAGUUUGGAAAAGAAUGAGAAAUGUUUGAUUGUUGGUUGGAAGGAAACUCCAAUUAUCUCUAUUUCAGCUUGGCAGUUUCUUUGAGUUAUUUACCCAGCACAUGAAAAAGGAAAGGGAAGCAGUCAAUUAAUGAAAAAGGGCUUUGAUGCUAAUGCCCUUCUCAAGUACAUUGUGCUUCUUAGGGGUAUUAUUAAUCCUAUAAUUGUGUUUGUGUUAGCUAUUUCUUAUAUUAACUUUAUAAUUACACAAAUAGUUGUUUGUGAAA